UGAAAAGGUGUUGGUUUAUAUUUCUCUUAGACUGCAGCAAUGUUAUAAUUAUUUAAAAUAAUAAGAAGCCGUUGAGUGUUUAUAGUUGUGUGGACAGAAGGGUCAAGGCUUUGCCUGGAAGCCAUUAGUUAUCUGUUCUCUGCUAACUUGACCCUCCGCCUCCUUCAGCUCCACCGAACAAGACUUCCGGUGGCUUGUCAUGGCGGUGGCAUGGUGAAGCCAGCAGAAAGGAGAAAAUAUUCGCCCGCUUUGUCCUUUCUGGCCCAUCCAGGUCAGACAUUCAUGAGGAAAUAAGGCCGUCCAUCGCCUCUCCAAACGUCGGACUUCCCAGCCGAGCUGUGCGUGUCCCCGCGGCCGGCCAUGGCGGCUCACAAACCAGUGGAAUGGGUCCAGGCCGUGAUUACCAGAUUUGAUGAGCAGCUUCCUAUGAAGGUCGCGCAUCAGAACACACACAGCAAAGUCAGCACAGACCACAACAAGGAAUGCUUGAUCAACAUCUCAAAGUACAAGUUCUCCCUGGUUAUCAGCGGCCUCACCAACAUCCUUAAAAAUGUCAACAACAUGCGGAUAUUCGGAGAAACUUCAGAGAAGAAUCUUUACCUUUCUCAGCUCAUCAUCCUUGACACCCUGGAAAAGUGUCUUGCUGGGCAAUCUAAAGACUGCCUGCGUCUGGAUGAGACCAUGUUGGUGAAGCAGCUGCUGCCGGAGAUCUGCCAUUUCAUCCACACCUACCGCGAGGGUCACCAGCACGCUGCCGAGCUGCGCUCCUCGGCCUCGGCUGUCCUCUUCUCUUUGAGCUGCAACAACUUCAACGCCGUUUUCAGCCGCAUCUCUACCAGGCUGCAGGAGUUGACCGUGUGCUCAGAGGAUAAUGUGGAUGUUCAUGACAUCGAGCUUAUGCAGUACAUCAACGUGGAUUGUUCCAAACUGAAGAGGCUUCUGCAAGAAACGGUGUUGAAGUUCCGGGCUCUGAAGAAACCGGCCCAGCUCGCCGUGAUCAGCAGCUUAGAGAAGGCCUUCUGGAACUGGGUGGAGAAUUAUCCGGAUGAAUUCACGAUGCUGUACCAGCGUCCUCAGACAGACAUGGCAGAAGCUGCAGAGAAGCUGUUCGACUUGGUCGACAGUUUUGCAGAGAGUGCCAAGAGGAAGGCAGCCGUAUGGCCUCUGCUGAUCAUCCUCCUCAUCCUCUGCCCAGAGAUUACACACACCAUCUCUAAAGACACAGUGGAGGAAAGCAAGGCCAACAAGAAACUGUUUUUGGAUAAUUUGCGCAAAGCUUUAUCCGGCCAGGGAGGGAGCAAACAGCUGAUGGAGAGCGCCGCCAUCGCCUGCGUUAAGCUCUGCAAAGCUUCUACCUACAUCAACUGGGAGGAUCACUCAACCAUUUUCCUUCUGGUCCAGUCCAUCGUCAUGGAUCUCAAGGCUUUGCUGUUUAACCCGGCCAAACCGUUCUGGAGGACGACCGGCAGUCAGAACGCUGACGUGGAGCUCAUGGUGGAUUGCUUUGUCUCAUGUUUUCGCAUCAAUCCCCACAACAACCAGCACUUUAAGGUCUGUUUGGCUGCCUCCUCCCCUUCGACCUUCCACUUCGUCCUAGUCAACUCGUUGCACAGAAUCAUCACCAAUUCUCAUCUGGACUGGUGGCCGAAGAUCGAUGCAGUGUACUGUUACUCUGGGGAGCUCCGCUUCAUGUUCUCAGACACCCUCAACAGGGUGAUCCAGGGCACAUGCACUCAUCCUCCCAUACGCAUGACCCCGAGUCUGACGUUCAUCGGGAAGAAGACCCCAAGCCUUAGGUCCAAAGAGAAAGCUACAGAGCAAGACACUCGGAGUUACAAGUGCCUUCUUCUCGCUCUAGUCAAGCUGAUUCAUGCUGACCCUAAACUCAUGUUGCACAACCCGGUGAAGCAAGCUCCAGAGACCCAAAGCAGCACGGCAGAACUCAUCACCGGCUUGGUCCAACUGGUUCCUCUGAGCACCACGACUCAGCUGUCACAGGAAGCCAUGGAGGCUCUGUUAGUUCUGCACCAACCAGAGACCAUAGAGCUGUGGAACCCAGAUGCCCCCAUCGAGACGUUCUGGGACAUCAGUUCACAGGUGCUUUUCCUAAUCUGCCGGAAGUUAGUCGGCCACCAGAUGGCAAACAGAACAGAAGUCCUGAAAUGGCUGAGAGAGAUCCUCAUCUGCAGGAACAAGUUUCUGCUGAAGAACAAGGAGUGCGCCACCAUGGGGGGAGCCAUCCCCAUCUGCCGGCAGGCGCAGACCAAGCUGGAAGUCUGCCUCUACCUGUUCCUGUGGAGCCCGGACACAGAGGCGGUGCUGGUGGCCAUGUCGUGUUUCCGCCAUCUGUGUGAAGAGGCCGACAUCCGCAGCGCCGCCGAUGAGGUCCCGGUCCAGACCAUUCUCCCCAACUACGCCACUUUCAGCGAGCUGGCCUCUGUCAGCAGCCUGAUAGGAACAGGUCGCUCCACCUUGCAAAAAAGAGUGAUGGCCUUAUUAAGAAGAAUAGAACAUCCCACACCAGGAAACAUUGAGGCUUGGGAGGACACUUACACUAAAUGGGACCAGAGCACCAAACAGAUACUGAAUUUCCCUAAAAACAAGGCAGAUGAUGGACAGGAGUGGAUCAACAUGACGGGCUUCCUCUGCGCUCUAGGGGGUGUUUGUCUUCAGCAGCGUAACACCCCUGGUCCUGCCACCUACAGCCCACCCAUGGGUCCCCAGAAUGAACGUAAAUCCUCCAUGAUCUCGGUGGGACCUGGUGAUACGACCAGCCCUGCUCCUUCAUCCUGCUCCUCCUCUGCCUCCAGCGAGACGCCCGUCAGCCGCUUCCUUGACCGACUUCUGUCCCUGUUGGUGUGCGGCUAUGAAAGGGUGGGCCUUCAUGUCCGCACCAAUGUCAAAGACCUGCUGGGGCUGGAGCUCAGCCCUGCGCUCUACCCCAUGCUCUUCAACAAACUGAAGAACAGCAUCGGAAAGUUCUUUGACACCCAGGGACCGGUUCCCAUUAAUGACACAAACACCCAGUUUGUAGAGCAGACCAUCGCCAUCAUGAAGAACCUGCUGGAUAACAACACAGAGGGCAGCUCGGAGCACCUGGGACAGGCCAGCAUCGAAACCAUGAUGCUCAACCUGGUCAGGUACGUGCGCAUCCUGGGCAACGUGGUCCAUGCCAUUCAGAUUAAAACCAGGCUCUGCCAACUGGUUGAGGUGAUGAUGGAGCGUCGAGAUGAUCUGUCCUUCUGCCAGGAGAUGAAGUUCAGGAACAAGAUGGUGGAGUACCUGACGGACUGGGUGAUGGGAACAUCCAACCAAGCUGCCGAUGAUGACAUCAAGUGCCUGACAAGAGACUUGGACCAGGCCAGUAUGGAAGCCGUGGUAUCCCUGCUGGCUGGUCUCCCCCUGCAGCCGGAGGAGGGGGACGGCGUAGAGUUGAUGGAGGCCAAGUCUCAGCUUUUUCUCAAGUAUUUCACUCUGUUCAUGAACCUGCUGAAUGACUGCAGCGAGGUGGAAGACGAGGGUCAGACAGUGGGGGGGCGGAAGAGAGGAAUGUCUCGCCGCCUGGCUUCCCUCCGCCAUUGCACCAUCUUGGCCAUGUCCAACCUGCUCAACGCUAACGUGGACAGUGGACUCAUGCACUCCAUCGGCUUAGGCUACCACAAGGACCUUCAGACUCGCGCUACCUUCAUGGAGGUGCUGACCAAGAUUCUGCAGCAGGGAACAGAGUUCGACACGCUGGCAGAGACGGUGCUGGCUGACCGCUUUGAGCGGCUGGUGGAGCUGGUGACCAUGAUGGGGGACCAGGGAGAGCUGCCCAUCGCUAUGGCGCUGGCUAACGUCGUCCCCGGGUCUCAGUGGGACGAGUUGGCGCGAGUUCUGGUGACCCUGUUUGAUUCCCGCCAUCUACUCUACCAGCUGCUGUGGAACAUGUUCUCCAAGGAGGUGGAGCUGGCUGACUCCAUGCAGACUCUCUUCAGAGGGAACAGCCUCGCCAGCAAAAUUAUGACCUUCUGUUUCAAGGUGUAUGGAGCAGCGUACUUGCAGAAGUUAUUGGAGCCUUUAUUAAGGGGAGUCAUCUCAACCCCUGAACACAUCGGCUUUGAGGUGGAUCCAACCAGACUGGAACAUGGUGAAAACCUGGAGGACAACCAGAGGAACCUGCUUCAGAUCACCGAGCGCUUCUUCCAGGCCAUAAUCGGCUCGUCCAGCGACUUCCCGCCACAGCUACGCAGUGUUUGCCACUGUCUCUACCAGGCUACUUGCCACUCUCUACUGAAUAAGGCAACACUAAAAGAAAAAAAGGAAAACAAAAAAGCAGUGGUGAGUCAGCGGUUCCCUCAGAACAGCAUAGGUGCGGUGGGCAGCGCCAUGUUCUUACGCUUCAUCAACCCAGCCAUUGUGUCUCCCUACGAAGCAGGCAUCCUGGAUAAAAAGCCCCUGCCCAGAGUAGAGAGAGGUCUCAAACUCAUGUCCAAGAUUCUACAGAGUAUUGCAAACCAUGUCCUGUUUACUAAAGAAGAACACAUGAGGCCUUUUAACGACUUUGUUAAAAGCAACUUUGAUUCUGCAAGAAGGUUUUUCUUGGACAUAGCCUCCGACUCUCCACCCAGUGAUUCGGUCAACCACAGUUUGUCCUUCAUCAGUGACGGUAACGUGUUGGCGCUCCACCGCCUGCUGUGGAACAACCAGGAGAGGAUUGGCCAGUACCUCUCCAGUAACAGAGACCACAAGGCGGUGGGCAGGCGGCCUUUUGACAAGAUGGCCACCCUGCUGGCCUACCUUGGACCGCCAGAACACAAGCCUGUUGCGGACACCCACUGGUCCAGUCUCAACCUAACCAGCUCCAAAUUUGAGGAAUUCAUGACCAGGCACCAGGUCCAUGAAAAGGAGGAGUUUAAAGCCUUAAAGACGCUGAACAUUUUCUACCAGGCAGGCACCUCCAAGACCGGAAACCCUGUGUUCUACUACGUGGCUCGCAGGUUCAAAACGGGCCAAAUAAAUGGAGACCUUCUCAUCUACCAUGUCCUCCUCACCUUAAAACCUUACUACGCUAAGCCCUACGAGAUAGUCGUAGACCUAACUCACGUUGGACCCAGCAAUCGUUUUAAGACUGACUUUCUGUCCAAGUGGUUUGUGGUCUUUCCUGGCUUUGCCUAUGAGAACGUGGCAGCGGUUUAUGUCUACAACUGCAACACUUGGGUGAGGGAGUACACCAAGUAUCACGAGAGGCUACUGACUGGCUUGAAGGGAAGCAAACGUCUCCAGUUUAUUGACUCUCCGGCUAAGUUGGCGGAACACAUAGAACCUGACCAACAGAAACUUCCAGCAGCCACCUUGACAUUGGAGGAAGACCUCAAGGUGUUCCACAACGCCCUCAAGUUGGCGCACAAGGACACCAAAGUCUCAAUAAAGGUGGGCUCUACAGCAGUCCAGGUGACCUCAGCUGAGCGGACCCGGGUUCUCGGCCAACCGGUCUUUCUCAAUGAUGUUUAUUAUGCCUCAGAGAUUGAAGAAAUUUGCCUGGUGGAUGAAAGCCAGUUUACUCUCACCAUGGCCAACCAGGGAACGCCUCUGACGUUCAUGCACCAAGAGUGCGAUGCCAUCGUUCAGUCUAUAAUUCAUAUCCGUACCCGCUGGGAGUUGUCUCAGCCCGACUCGAUUCCCCAGCACACAAAGAUCCGCCCAAAAGACGUCCCAGGAACUCUUCUCAACAUUGCUCUACUCAACUUGGGAAGCUCUGACCCGAGUCUGCGGUCUGCAGCUUACAAUCUCCUCUGUGCUUUAACUUGCACAUUCAACCUGAAGAUAGAGGGGCAGCUGUUGGAGACGUCCGGUCUCUGCAUCCCAGCGAACAACACACUUUUUAUUGUUUCUAUCAGCAAGACCCUCGCUGCGAAUGAGCCGCAUCUGACCCUGGAGUUCUUGGAAGAAUGCAUCUCAGGCUUCAGCAAGUCAAGUAUCGAGCUCAAGCAUCUCUGUCUGGAGUACAUGACCCCCUGGCUUCUGAACCUGGUUCGAUUCUGUAAACAUAAUGACGAUGCCAAACGCCAGCGUGUCACAGCCAUCCUGGACAAACUCAUCACCAUGACGAUCAAUGAGAAGCAGAUGUAUCCCUCCAUCCAGGCUAAAAUCUGGGGCAGCCUAGGCCAAAUAACAGAUCUGCUUGACGUGGUUCUGGACAGCUUUAUAAAGACCAGCGCCACAGGAGGCCUCGGCUCCAUCAAGGCCGAGGUCAUGGCCGAUACCGCUGUCGCUCUGGCUUCAGGGAACGUCAAGCUGGUGUCCAAUAAGGUUAUCGGUCGGAUGUGUAAGAUCAUCGACAAGACCUGCCUUUCUCCAACUCCCACCCUGGAGCAGCACCUCAUGUGGGAUGACAUUGCCAUCCUGGCCCGCUACAUGCUCAUGCUGUCCUUUAACAACUCUCUGGAUGUGGCGGCACACCUGCCCUACCUGUUCCAUGUGGUGACCCUUCUGGUAGCCACCGGGCCGCUGUCCCUUCGCGCCUCCACCCACGGUUUGGUGAUCAACAUCAUCCACUCACUGUGCACCUGCUCACAGCUCAGCUUCAGCGAGGAAACGAAGCAGGUCCUGAGGCUGAGCCUGACGGAGUUUUCGUUGCCAAAGUUCUACCUGCUGUUUGGCAUCAGCAAGGUGAAGUCCGCUGCCGUCAUUGCCUUCCGCUCCAGCUACAGAGACCGCUCCUUCUCUCCAGGCUCCUAUGAGAGGGAAACCUUUGCCCUGUCCUCGCUGGAGACGGUCACCGAGGCCUUACUGGAAAUAAUGGAGGCUUGUAUGAGAGACAUCCCAACCUGCAAGUGGUUGGACCAGUGGACAGAGCUGGCUCAGAAGUUUGCCUUCCAGUACAACCCGUCUCUGCAGCCCAGAGCUCUGGUCGUCUUCGGUUGCAUCAGCAAGAGGGUGACCCACGGUCAGAUCAAGCAGAUCAUCCGAAUCCUCAGCAAAGCCAGCCCUCUGCUCAGCAUAGACCGGGGUCUGGAGAGCUGCUUGAAGGGACCUGAUAACUACAACAGCCAGGUACUGAUUGAGGCCACAGUCAUCGCUUUGACCAAGCUGCAGCCUCUUCUUAGCAAGGACUCUCCGAUGCACAAAGCUCUGUUCUGGGUGGCAGUAGCUGUGCUGCAGCUUGACGAAGUCAACUUGUACUCUGCUGGAACCGCGCUCUUGGAGCAGAACCUCCACACUCUGGACACAAUGCGCAUCUUCAAUGACAAGAGUCCAGAGGAAGUUUUCAUGGAAAUAAGGCGUCCUUUAGAGUGGCACUGUAAGCAGAUGGAUCAUUUUGUGGGCCUCAACUUUAGUGCCAACUUCAACUUUGCUUUAGUGGGCCACUUACUCAAAGGCUACAGACACCCAUCACCCACCACUGUGGCGAGGACGGUGCGGAUCCUUCACACCCUGUUGGCUCUGACUAGCAAACAUCUGAAAUGUGACAAGUUUGAGGUCAACACUCAGAGUGUGGCUUAUUUAGCAGCUUUGCUGACGGUUUCUGAGGAAGUCAGAAGUCGCUGCAGCCUCAAACACAGGAAGUCUCUGCUGAUUUCCGAGCUUUCUAUGGACCCCGUUCCCAUGGAGACCUAUGCCAGUCACAUCACCAAUGCCGCCUGCAGAACCGUGCAAGAUCUUCAGCCUUGGACGUCUCCUCAGGUCCCAGACCACCACCUUACCACCCAUUACCCUACGAUGGGCCAGAUCAGCCCACGCACACGCAAAUCCAUGAGCCUGGACAUGGGCCAGCCUUCGCAGGCCAACACCAAGAAGCUUCUGGGCACCAGGAAGAGCUUUGAUCAUCUCAUAUCAGACUCCAAAGCACCAAAAAGACCAGAGAUGGAGUCUGGGAUGACCACCCCUCCCAAGAUGAGGCGUGUAGCAGAGAAUGACCGUGAGAUCGAAACCCAAAGAAUUGGAAACUCUCACCUUCGGAAGGUCUCCGUAUCCGAGUCCAAUGUCCUGCUGGAUGAGGAGGUGCUGACGGACCCAAAGAUCCAGGCUCUGCUGCUCACUGUGCUGGCCACCCAGGUCAAAUACACCACAGACGACUUCGACCAACGCAUCCUGUACGAGUACCUGGCUGAAGCUAGUGUUGUAUUUCCAAAAGUUUUUCCGGUCGUCUAUAACCUGUUGGACUCCAAAAUCAACACGGUGCUGUCCAUGUGCCAAGACAUCAACCUCCUGAACCCUGUGCAUGGGAUUGUGCAGAGCGUGGUGUACCACGAGGAGUCCCCUCCUCAGUACCAGCCCUCAUAUUUACAAAGCUUUGGCUUUAAUGGACUCUGGAGAUUUGCUGGACCUUUUUCUAAGCAAACCCAGAUUCCAGAUUACGCCGAACUGAUCGUGAAGUUCCUGGAAGCGUUGAUUGACAGCUACCUGCCCACAGCGGAUGAGGAGAGGGGAGAGGAGCAGCUGCGGACGCCCACCUCCCCGUAUCCUCCCAGCAGCCAGAGCCAGCUGAGCAUCACUGCCAACCUGAACCUGUCCAACUCCAUGACCUCACUGGCCACAUCGCAGCAUUCUCCAGGUGUGGAUAAGGAGAACGUCCAGCUGUCCCCCAGCUCGGCCCUGUCCAGCGGGGGACGUACUCGCCACGGGUCAGCGAGUCAGGUGCAGAAGCAGCGCAGCGCCGGCAGCUUUAAGAGACCCAGCAUCAAGAAGAUCGUCUGACCGCCCUCCGAUUGGCGCUGCCCUCUCUGUUUCCUCUCUAGUUUCUCCGUCUUCUCCAUCCUCCUCGCAUCGGCAACACAAGUGGUUCGGGAUCUGAAUGAGGGAAUAUUUCCGAGGGCGACCCGAGCAGAGCCGCCAGAGUCGCGGCUCUUUUUAUUUGAUUUUUAAACGGCAAAGGUUCUGGAAACGCUCGUGAUCUGCACCGGGCUCUGUGUGAGAGACUUCCCUCGCUGCAGGAAGUGACGCUGCGGACACUUCGGCCUGGAAGCUAAAGCGUGUGUUGGGUCGGAUGCUCAGCAGGCGCCGUGUGACGGGACCAACAUACUGACCUGCUGGGACGCAUCGCUGGCUCUCUGUCCUGUACAUAGUUGGUCCAGACUGAUGAUCUACAUCCGGUCCUUUGUGCUAAACUUGCUGUUUUCUCCAUGGUGUGCCUUUGUAUGGUUUUAUAUAUGUACAAUUUGUAAAGUUAGAGUCCAACCUUGCUGGAGACAAUAAACAGGUACUAAUUAUGAAGACGGGCUCCUCACAUCGACGUACGUCGAACUAAAACUGUCCAGAUCUGCCUGCAGUGGCGGUCCGAUAACCUUUGACCCCACGCCUGACACUAUUUACUCUGUAGAAGUAGAUGAUGCUACACAAAUCUUCCUGUACUCGAAACACUUUCCAAAAAAACUAGCUUUUUUUUUUAACACUUUAACCAUGAAUAUGACUAAACACUAUAAGAAAUGCAACCCUGUAAAUACCUGCAAAUCUUUUGCUUUCAUUGUUUAUCUGUUUUCUCACCAGUUCAGUUUUUUUUUAGCAGCGAAACGUUUUAUUUCUGAUUUAUGUGAAGGGCAAUAACCUGUAGCUCUCCAGACGCUUUGCCCCUUCGUACAGCAACGGCGUGCGUCUGCCUCUCCUACCGCCGCUCAUUAUGUGUUCUCCACCCAGAUGCUGUCCUCAAAGGAUUUCUGUGCCUGCAGAGCUCAGACCGCCGGGCGACCAAAACCAUACAUAGAAGUGAGAACGGGCGUGUCGGUUCUGUCCGGUCCGACAGGAUUGUGUUUGGCUGCGGCUCGGUGAAGCUGUUAGGUUUCAGUCAGCGGUGAGCUGCAGGCUUCAGCCUGACUGACAUGUUAACUCUGUUUUCACUUCCUGCUCAGAGGCUGCUUUGAGAUGCUCAUAUUUAGUGGUAAAUAAAGCUAACACGACUCUGUCAACAGUGCAUGCAGUUCAGGGCUCAGGGUUGGUGCUACUUUAGACAAGUCACCACCAGUUUGAUGUCUGCAGGACUGAAUCCAGCAGAACCUGACUAACUUGGAGAAAGAUCAAGUGUUUAUCUGGCUGGACAGGAGAAGGUGGCAGGCUGCUGACAGAUGAUUUCAGGCUCAAUCCAAGAUGAGACAAACUAGUGAAGCUGGCAGUAAAGGUCUAAAACCCAGCGACCGGAGACUGGUAGGUCUGCCUCAGAACUAACAGACGACUGGCACUCAGGGUGUCGGACUCCGUGGGCAACAGAUGAAGCCCCUCCCCCCUCUUAAUGAACACUCUGAGAUUGAAUCAUCGAGUCAUCGGCCGCUCUGUCACCUACAUGUCGGGUUGCAGGCAUUUGCUGCCCUCAGCUCAGGGCGCCAGAGAAACUUCUGCAGAUUCCUGUUUAUUGGAGAAAUAAAGACCUUAUUAUCCAGGAACGAAUCACAGCCGCCCCUUUUCCCUCCAGCAUACUUGAAGCUUUUUCUUCCUGAAACACGAGCAAGACAUGGAGCUGACGAAGCAGGCGGACGACUUGCACUAAGUUCAGAAGGGUCAUGGCUUUUUAAAGAUGAAAAACCUCCAAAUGUGGCAUGUUCUUUUGAUGUUAUGCAAAAUCUAAUGUCUUGAGUAUGGUCUGAGUAGUCCGAGUUCUGUUUUUAAUGCAGUAUGUGUGACAAUUGUAAAGAUUUUGUGUACAAUUUGAGAUGAUAUAUUUACUACACUGUACAUACCUGUGAUACUGUAUCAUUUUGUUUUUGUAAAGCAGGUAGUUUCUGUAUCAUAAUACAUAUAUUACAGUGUUAGUAAUAAAAGGUUCUGCUAGUG